GGUGUUUUAUAAAUACUGCAGACAGACGAAUAGUGUACCCUACAGAGUCAGCAUCGUUCAAAGCCCCUAUCAUUAUGAAGAGAGAAAUUAUCUUAACCAAUGUCGUAAAUAAAAUCAAGUGAAAUAAUCUCAGUAGCAGAUUGUAUUCAUUUUCACAACUUAAUCGGCAAAUUGUCCACUUCGCUGAACCGAUUUGACCAGUUCUUUUAAAUUUGUGAUUGUGCUAACAUUUUUCGAUUGCGCUCAAUUACUCAAUUGAGGAAAAUGUGAAAAAUUUCCGUUAAGAAUCUGUCGAAAACUGCAUAAUGUGAAUUCCAGAUGAUAAAUCGAUAUUACCAUCUUGGAUAUCUCUGCAGAAGUGAAAAGAGGAAUAAACCAGAGGACAAAGCCACCAAGAGGGCGAAGACACCGAGACAUCACUCACUCUACAGGCCACGACGAUGACUCGAUCAUCGGAGCGUUAAUUCUCGUGAUCCUGGAGUGCGGUGCCCUUUGGCAGCUAUCCAACGAUUCCGUUUAGAUAUAUCAGCGAUGAUCGCAGAAUGACAUUUGUUAACAAAAAACGUGAGACAACUUGAAGUUCCCAGAAAGCUCAAAGGAAAUCACAACAAUGAGUAACUUGUCCAAGAAAUCCAUUAGUGGAUCCAUCCACAGAAUCCGAGAAUUCGAAUUAGAAAAGGUUAAUCUUGCUGAGGAGUUCGAUAUCCUGCAGAUUGUUGGUGAAGGAUGGUUCGGAAAAAUACUCCUUACCGAACACAAGAGCACCCAGACGGAAAUGGUGUUGAAGGCAUUACCGAAGGCUUACACAGCAAUCACAGACUUUUAUCGAGAAUUUCAUUACAGUUUGCAUCUAUCGGCUCAUCGAAAUAUCAUCACUACGUAUGACGUUGCCUUCGAGACCGCUGGAUUCUACGUUUUCAGUCAGGAAUAUGCGCCUCUCGGUGAUUUAACUGCUAAUGUUUCUGAAACUGGUCUCGGUGAGCUGCAUGCAAAACGUGUUGCAAGGCAGUUGGCAGCUGCAAUCCAUCAUAUUCACAGUCGUGAACUCGUUCAUCGUGAUAUUAAACUCGAUAAUGUGCUAGUGUUUAAAAGUGACUUUUCAAGGAUCAAAUUAUGCGAUUUUGGGGAGACGAGGAAGGUCAAUACGGUUGUUCGAAGGCAUAACGAGUGGCUACCUUAUUCACCGCCCGAGGUCCUGAGGGUUGAGCCUGAAGAGAAUUACAAAGCCUUAACAGCCCACGAUGUGUGGCAAUUUGGAAUUGUUCUGUUUGUUUGUUUGACCGGAUGUCUGCCAUGGCAGAAAGCUGCCCUGGACGAUAGGAGAUACACCAGGUACCUGAAUUGGCAUUCGGCCAUGCUGAAAAUUGCGAAGAAGCCGAAGUUGUUUCAGCUCAUAAGCUCGAGGGCGCAGACCAUGUUUUCCAGACUGCUGGAGCCAAAAUUGGAAAAACGCCCAGUAAGUGUUUUGGAGGUCAACAAAUACGUGGACGACCGAUGGCUGGGAAAAUUGGGAGCAGAGAAGGCAUUGAAUGGUGGUGCAGACGAGAGGGACGAGCUCUGUGCCUCCAUGUACAGUUUCCACAGUUCUCUGGAAGAGAAAAAUCAACUCCUCUACACCCUAACCCGCUACGGAAUUGAAACAACCGUGGACAGAGCCAAGAAGAAAGACAGAAUCCGCGAGUGGAUCCAAGCAAGCGCCAUCGUCGAGGAGAAUGAGGACGACGAUUCAAUCCUUGAGGAGCUCGAUAAAAUUCACGAGAACUCAGAAGACGACGAAGCAAACCUGAAAGGCAGGCACUUUCCAGAGAGGAGACCUAGCAUAAAGAGUUCAACAUCAGAGAGGCCAAUUGGAAGUACUCAGGCGAAGACGAAUGAUAAAAAUGGAAGUGAGGAAAAACGUCACCGAAAAUCUCGGUCUACUCAUCGACCCUCCCUCAAGAACAUAGAGCGACGAAAUCCCUUCGCUCCUCAAGUUGCUAGGGAGAUGCAGACAAUUGCAAGAUUUUCGAGUUUCCCAAAUGGAGAUCCCAAUUUCAGUAUCAACACCAGUCACUCCUUGCCAUCAUUGCCAAUGGGAGUGCAAGGUGAAAAUUUGGAACCGCUGAGGUACCCGGGGCCUCUAGGAUCAAUUGUUCCGCUCCAAAAGGCAUCAUCAGCGGCUCCAAUAGUACCAAACGACGAUUCAAGGCUCGACCGAACACCUUCAGUUUCGAACAGAAGCCCAAGUGUCUCAAACUCCCUCGAUAAUAUUCCCACUCCAAUCAGCUCCACCCCAGAGUCAUCAAGAACUGAUCUAAAUGGCGCUCGGUCAUCUCCACGAGCCGACAAAAUUCAUAAUUAUCAUCAGAAUGCUCCACAAAGCCCUCUACCACCCUCCAGACGGAAUAAAACACAAUCUCCUCCACAAGCUGCUUCUUCCAGCCCCAGAAUGUCCCCUCACAUUGAGGGGAGCAUCGGUGGCAACAGAAAUAAUCAGAAUUCUAACAAAAACCAGGCUCCAAUGUCGCUCUUCGCAGGCCAAUUAGUCAUGCAGAGUUUCAAAACAAUUCAAGGGGUGACUCAACACGCAUCAAAACCAAUGGCCUCUAGUUAUAAUAAAAAAGAGAGUAGAAGACAUGAGGAGCAGGGUGCAACUGUUUACGGAAAAGACGCUUAUGAACACUACGGAGUGGCUCAGGGAGCCAUCAGACAGCAGUCCAGUAGAAAUGGAGGAUCGCCAGGCAGUGGGAGAUCCGUUAGCAAUUGAUUUUUAUGCUUCUUCAUUAUGACUCGAUGUAAAUUACUCGAAAUGGGACCAGACAGUGACGACUACUUGAUUUUUUUUCCACAUACGUAGAUGGAAAUGAUACCGAUUAUAUGAACGACAAGGGAAAUUUUUAUCGCUGUCAGAAAUUUGGAAUGUUUAUUCUGCUUCCGGCGUCUUCUAUCGAUUGUUAUUCUUUGGUUCGAAAAUAUUCGAAUAACUUUUCUACAUUUAAAAUUGAAUGGAGCAUGCGAGACUCACCAGUGAUGUAAAGCCGAAUCGUGGAAAUCACCUAUUAUCACUCCUUUGCCGAAAUAUCACUCGUCCUCUUAAAAGCCAAAAAUUGAUCAACACUUUUAAACACAACACAUUUUUUUCUUGAAAAACUGUAAUCCACUCACUGACAUUUACUCACUCCCGGUAUUCGAAAAAUUAGGUUUAUUAUUAUUAUGAUUAUUAACUUUACUGAUGCAAAGCAUUGUACAUGGUUAAAUGUGCGAAUUUGUCACAAUUUGUUAAAAUUUGGAAUUCGAAUUUUUCAAUAAAGGAUUUGGCCGUUAUGGCCUCCCUGACUUCAAA